GAUAUUCGUAUUCUUCCACCCUUCAGACUUUCAGCAUCGCUGCUUCUCCGUGGUAAUGGCGUUUUCUUCGUCACUUUCCCGCUUAAACCUUAUCCCAAAACCUUCACUUCCUUACGCGCUCAAUACUUUGAAAGCCCUCAACUUUCGCAAGCUAUUACGAAUCAAUUGGGUUGGAACAGGUCUUUCAUUGAAUGAUUCAGCUACCCGAUUUUCUGCUUUGAAAACGACCAGCUCUGCUGGAUUGCACACUCAGAUUUCAAAGCCGCAAGACGAUUUGAUUGUUCUUGGCAUCGAAACAAGCUGCGAUGAUACCGCCGCUGCCAUUGUGAAGGGCAAUGGUGAAAUUCUUAGCCAAGUCAUAGCUUCUCAGGCAGAGCUGCUUGCUCGGUAUGGAGGUGUUGCUCCCAAAAUGGCAGAAGAAGCGCACGCACAAGUGAUUGACAAGGUGGUGCAGGAAACAAUGGAAAAGGCUAACUUAACAGAAAGGGAUUUAUCUGCAGUCGCUGUAACCAUUGGCCCUGGUUUGAGCCUCUGCCUCCGUGUUGGUGUGCAGAAGGCACGAAAAAUUGCUGGUAGCUCUAGUCUACCUAUUGUUGGGGUGCAUCACAUGGAGGCUCAUGCUCUGGUAGCUAGACUAGUUGAACGGGAAUUGCAAUUUCCUUUCAUGGCGUUGCUCAUUUCUGGGGGGCACAACUUACUUGUUCUUGCCCAAGAUCUUGGCCAAUACAUACAACUUGGAACGACAAUAGAUGAUGCAAUUGGGGAGGCGUAUGACAAGACUGCCAAAUGGCUUGGUCUUGAUCUGAGGAAGAGUGGUGGGCCGGCUAUCGAGGAGCUUGCCAGAGAGGGGGAUCCAGAAUCGAUCAAGUUCUCAACUCCAAUGAAGCAACAUAAAGAUUGCAACUUCUCCUAUGCGGGGCUGAAGACUCAAGUCAGGCUGGCUAUUGAAUCCCGAAACAUUGAUGCAAAAAUUCCUCUGUCUUCUGCAAGCAUCCAAGACAGAAGUGUGAGGGCUGAUAUUGCUGCCUCUUUUCAGCGUAUUGCAGUGCUACAUCUAGAGGAAAGAUGUGAACGAGCAAUUGAUUGGGCAUUGAAAAUAGAACCAUCCAUAAGACAUUUGGUAGUCUCUGGAGGUGUUGCAUCAAAUAAGUAUGUAAGGGCUCAACUUACUGCGGUUGUCAGGAAGAAGGGCUUGCAGCUUGUCUGCCCUCCUCCCAGUCUCUGCACUGAUAAUGGUGUAAUGGUGGCUUGGACGGGCAUUGAGCAUUUUCGCGUUGGGAGAUUUGAUCCUCCACCACCAGCUGAUGAACCUGAAGAUAUUAUGUAUGACGUUCGACCGAGGUGGCCACUGGGAGAAGAAUACACCGAGGGAAGGAGCGUAGCUCGCUCACUAAGAACAGCCCGAAUCCAUCCAUCUCUUACGUCUAUCAUCCAGGCAUCUCUACAGCAACAACAGUAGCUAUAGCUUCAGUUUCCAACUUAAAGGAAUUUGUGCAUUUUUUUUGCUUCCCUUCUUUGCUGUGAGAUUUCUCGGACAACAAAUGGAAUCAUACAGGAAGCUCUAUGAAGCAGUAGCUAUAGCUUCAGUUUCCAACUUAAAGGAAUUUGUGAAUUUUUUUGCUUCCCUUCUUUGCUGUGAGAUUUCUCGGACAUCAAACGGAAUCAUACUGGAAGCUCUAUGAAGCACCCAGGCCAUCAAUGCGGUACUUACUCGAUGCCUUUUAUUAAACUUCUUGGGAGAUCUUGGUUGCUUCCUUUUAUUAAACUUCUUGGGAGAUCUUGGUUGCUUUCAUGAGAUACGCCAUCAAUAUGUUAUGUUAUUUUUGUCAUACUAACAAGAUUGCACUUAUAUUUAUUACCAUUUGUAUCAUAUUCAUACUCUCAUUUUUAGAAGAAAAACAGGGAUCUAUUUGAGCCGAACAAAAGAGUUAUACUACACAACUGAAUGCUUGGGGGUCACUGAGAGAAAGCUAUUGUAUGUAGUCGUGGAAUUUAGUAAGUUGUAAUCGGUCAAUAGUAUUAUCGAUUGUAAACAAAUAGUUCUUCGAUGAGAUCAGAUGAGUUGCGCAAGGGUGGGAAGUCAUUUUGUUCUCUCUUUACCCAAGGUUAAGCAAUCUUGCUGCUCAUCGUCUUGUCCGUGAAGCGUCUUCUCAUGUGAGUUUUGUUAAUCAGUAUCACUCCUCUUUUUAAAGAGCUC